GAGUGAGUUUGGGCCAGAGGAUGGGAGAUAUAAGAGGAUGGGGAGUUAAUGAUGAGUGGACAUCAACACAUCACCACUACCAUCUCACAGUACAACACAACAACCACUCAACAUCCAACCCACCCAGCAACAACCCUCGUCCAUCAAUAUGUCAUACUCACCACCACGCACCACCCUCCUCGCCACCCCCUCCCGCUCCCGCGGCGACCUCAUCGCAAAAUUCCACUCCUUCUUCCAGGAAGCCCAAACCAACCCCACACUCUCACCCCACGUCUUCGACGCCUGGUUCUUCACUCUAACUACAGAAGACCGCGCAACCGUCCACGAAAUCCUCCAACCGCUGAACAACGCCAGCUGGCCACAGGAUGUUGAGUUCCCCAACAUCAUCGCGCUGGUGCACUGGACGCGUGACCACCGUGAGGGAGAGAAGACGCAGAAAAUUGUAGAGCACAUGGAGGAUUUGCGUAAAUCGAAUGCUGGAACCACCCAGCCUGAGCCCGAGCCACCCGUUCCUGGACCGACCCGCCCUGGAGGUAUCGACGAUGAGCCGCAGGCCAUUCCUGCCCGCCCAAUGGAAUUCAUGGCAGUCGUGAUCAUGGUAUUGGCUCCGGCUUGGUUGGUACGUCUCCUGGCCGCUCUACUUUUGCUUCUACAACAUGUCUAA